UUUAAAUGACCUUCACAUGAACUCGGAACUGAAGUAAGACAGGAGAAGCCGCACAGUGCAGGUCUUCGAGCACUGCUGGGGUACGGUGCAAAAAUUACGGUCGGCAUUGAUUUGAAAUAGACUUUCUGCCGGUACAGGCGUUGGAGUUUGCGGUUUGCAGCCAUGUCAAGGGAUAGGGCAAGCAGAAGAUUCUAUCGAGGAGCAAGUCAAAAUGAUCUCCUUGCAUUUAUGGAUAGAGGGGAAAUGGCAGCUUUAGAGAACAGAUGGACGUUUGAAGCUGCCUGGGAAGUUGCUAACAAAGUUGGUGGCAUAUACACAGUUAUUAGAUCAAAAGCUUAUGUGUCUACUGAAGAACUGGGAGAACAGUAUUGUCUCUUGGGACCAUAUAAAGAACACUGUGCCCGAACAGAAGUAGAAGAGGCUGACUUUCCUGUUCAUGGUCCCCUGCAACUUGCGGUGAAUAAAAUGCGAGAGCAGGGUUUUAAGCUUCAUACUGGAACAUGGCUUGUUGAUGGAAAUCCUCAAGUUAUCCUUUUUGACAUAGGAUCAGGAGCAUGGAAAUUAGAUGAAUACAAACAGGAACUUUGGGACAAGACAAAUAUUGGAAUACCUCACCUAGAUGUAGAAGCAAAUGAUGCUGUGAUCUUAGGAUACUUAGUUGCUCAAUUUAUUGGUGAAUUUCGCAAAGCUGCUGAAGAAUGCCUGGAUACUCCACCACGUAUUGUAACUCACUUUCAUGAAUGGCAGGCAGGUGUGGGGCUGAUUGCCCUUCGUACACGUCAUGUGGAUGUAGCAACAGUUUUUACUACUCAUGCCACUUUACUUGGUCGAUACUUGUGUGCUGGAAACACAGAUUUCUACAACAAUAUGGAAAAUUUUAAUGUGGAUGAAGAAGCUGGAAAGCGUCAGAUUUACCAUCGAUAUUGUAUGGAGCGUGCUGCUAGUCACAUGGCACAUACUUUCACCACAGUUUCUGAAAUUACUGGUUUUGAAGCAGAACAUUUACUUAAACGUAAACCUGAUGUUAUUACUCCAAAUGGUCUCAACGUUAAAAAGUUUUCAGCUUUGCACGAGUUUCAGAAUCUUCAUGCUAUUUCAAAGGACAAAAUUCAUGAGUUUGUAAGAGGUCAUUUUUAUGGACAUUAUGAUUUUGAUCUUGAUAAAACACUUUAUUUUUUUAUUGCUGGUCGUUAUGAAUUUGGCAACAAAGGAGCUGAUAUAUUUAUAGAAGCUUUGGCAAGAUUGAAUCACUUUCUGAAAUCAGCAAUGCCAGAUGUAACUGUUGUAGCAUUUCUCAUUUUUCCGGCAAAAACUAACAACUUUAAUGUGGAAAGUUUGAGAGGGCAUGCUGUAACAAAGAGUUUACGUGAAGCUAUCAAUGAAAUUCAACAGAAGAUUGGAAAACGCAUGUAUGAAAUUUGCCUCAAUGGUCGAUUACCAGCACCUGGAGAACUUCUGCUCAAAGAGGAUACUGUAAAAAUAAAGCGAUGUAUUUAUGCCCUUCAGCGGGAUGGUCUUCCUCCUGUCACUACUCAUAACGUGGUAGAUGAUUGGAAUGAUCCUGUUCUGAAUGGAGUUCGGCGGUGUCAGUUGUUUAAUACCUGUCAUGAUCGGGUGAAGAUUGUAUUCCAUCCAGAAUUCUUAUCAUCUACCAACCCUCUGUUUGGUCUGGACUAUGAAGAAUUUGUGCGAGGUUGUCAUUUAGGUGUAUUUCCAAGUUAUUAUGAACCCUGGGGCUAUACACCUGCUGAAUGUACUGUGAUGGGCAUUCCAUCCAUCACAACUAAUUUGUCAGGUUUUGGAUGCUUUAUGCAAGAGCAUAUAGCUGACCCUAUGAGCUAUGGGAUUUAUAUUGUUGACCGAAGAUAUAUCUCUCUUGAAGGGUCUGUGCAACAAUUGGCUCAAUUUAUGACAAAAGCUCUCCACAAAGUAUAUCCUGAGAUGGCUGCUCUUGAGGAAGAGCGUUAUAUUUCGAAGCUCAAUUAUCCACGACCUCUGUCUGAACCCCCUUCUCCCUCCUCCUCUCGCCCCACUACUCCAGCAGCUUCAGUCCACGGAAGUGAUGAUGAAGAGGACUCCGUAGAUGAAGAGAAAGAGCUGGAAGAAUUGGCUGUAAACAGCAGUGAUCAUGGAAGCCGGUAGUGACUAGAUUGCUCUCAAGUUUUACAUAGUCUUCCUAAAGGGCCAACUAAAGUGACAAACACCAGUUCCUAUGUUAGUGUUGUGCCUAGUAUUGCCAUAUUAUCAUAGAAGUCAAAAAUGAGAGAAUCAUAGGCUAAUGUUUGCUGAACUUUCAGCCAGUUGCAGAAAAUGUAUUGUUACCAAUCGUGUUCCAGUUUUAUAUCAGCUCGUGUUUUUAUCUUAAGCACUGCCAAGAUAAUGAGAGUGUUUUAUUGUUGUUUGGAAUUAAGAGAUUGCUGUUUUGUGGGAGACGGGCAUUUUAUUUGAAAGCUUCUGUGACUGUGCAAGAGAAUUAUCUUUUUAUCAGAUCUGGUGGAUGAAUAUGUAUAUUAGAUACUGUAAGAAAGGUAAAGAAAUGUCCUCUGGCAGUGAGAUGCAGCACUUGCUUUUUAUACUUUAUUCCUUAUAGUUCUCCCGUAGCUCCAACUUUUCUAUUAUAUAGGUAUUUGUUCCUGUAUUGUUGAAGGCAGUUUGAGAAUGUAGAGAAUGUCUCAAAACUCAUACAAGUUAAGUAGGAGACUGGCCAUACCACUGAUAACUUUGAGGUAGGAAACCCAAGGUUUCAAUGGUAGUAUUGAGAAUAUGCAAGGGGAGUGAAGGAAGGGUGUUUGUUACCUGUUUACCUGUGUUCUUAUCUCACUCCAAGAGUAUCACAAUUGCCUAUGGUAUCAUUUUUCAUCUUAACUUUUUCCCCUCUUUGAAGGUUGUUAACCUUAGUCUGUUAGGUUUUGAAAAUUCUCAACCUGGAUAGGGAAGUAGUAUUUAACCUAGUUUAUAGGUUUUUAAUCAUUUCCCCCAUCUUUUUGUUCAUUUCGACUGGCUGCAUUUUCUCCCUCCUUUCCUUUCUCCCUCCUUUUUUUCCAAAACUUGUAUCCAUUCCUUUUGCUCCAUCCCAUUGAGCGGGUGUUUUUUCUAGUUACUCCUUUGGGAAAACAAUUAGAGUAAUGUAUUUUUUUCUUAAUUGGGAAGUGUUUUUGUCUAAUUUUGUUUACCUAAUUUAUAAUUUCAAUUCCUUUUUAAAAUAUACUUUCCAUUCUUGUUUUAGCUAAGAAACAUAACUGACAUUUACUCUUCAAUAGGGCCCUACAGACUAGUUUGUAGGUUUUGGCAUUUAUUAUGCAAGAAUGAAAAGGUAUUUUUUAGAUUUGUCUUUAUGGCUCCAACAUACAUGUAUUAGAAAGUUUGUUUCCAAAAUUUUCUUUUUUCAUUGCAAGACCUCUUUAAGCAAAACUUGCAUAUACUCAUUUAACAGAUGACUGGAAGUUUCUCUGUCAAGAUAUGCGGAGUGUCUAUUGACACAUUUCAAACUUAUCAGUCACAAACAAUUCAAACAAACAAGUUCUACUCUGGCAGAUGAAGAUACUUAAAAAAAGCCAAGUUUUAUUUUUAAAAAUGAACAAUACAUUCCAAACAUUUGGCAUUCAUAUUGAAGGUUAUAGGUUAUUUUGGUAUUUUGCCAGGUACAUUCCAAACAUCUCUCAGACAGUGGUAUGUUUGAUUGACUUGACUGAAUUAGAGAACCCUGGGUUUUCUCUCUCCAAAAAUCAAUAAGUUAUCCUAUGCUUUUAUUUUAUUUAGAGACAUCUGGAGUAUUUGAAAACUGUACAUUAUUGAUUUGGACAAAUUAGUAUCAGGAAUGAGGUUUGCAAUUUUCUAGUCAGUCAUUUUUAGGAACUUUAAUUGAACCUUUUAAUACUUGAACAAAAAACAUUUUAUAGAGCAGAUGUAUACAUUUCUUUAAUUUGUGUAUAAAGUUUAGUGGUAGAAUGUAAUAGUACCAUAUUUCCUGAUUUACUUUAGUUAGAUGAUUCUUGCUCUAAAUUACAUUAACUUCUGAAUAUUAGAGGUAAAAUGUUAGUUGCUGCUUGGGUGUGAUUUUAUAAAUAAUUAUAAGAAAAUUAUUUUUUUAUAUUCUUUGAUGAAUGUUUUUCUUAUGUUGUGAUACCUUGCAAGUAUCAUAUUUAAGAGAAUAAGCUACUUAAUGCUCUGGAAAUUAAUGAGAAGGUACAAUGUUACAACAUAAGAAUCUCAAGUUUAUCGAAAACUUGUCAAAAUGUUUACUUGUCUGAAGUAGUUGGUAAAAGGGUUUCUUAUGCACAUUUAUACAUUGAUGACAAUAUUACUAAAAGUUUAUCUGGAAGAAUUAGAGAAAAGUCUAGAAAUGUAGUUCUUUCAUUUCAGUGAAAGACAUCAAUUUUUUGAUUGUGGACCAUGCAAGUAUUUCUCCUCAGGGUUAUCUUAAUAACUUAAAUUUUCAAAAGAGGCUUUAAAUAUAUUUGCGAGAUCAUUUGCUCAGAAGUGUUGCUCUAGCAACUGUACAAACUGUCAUUGGAAGGAAAAUUAGAAUUAAAAAAAAAUACAAAUCUUCAAAAAUAUUUUUAUGGCAUGACCAAUGUUGUUUUGAAAAGCCAGUACUCUCGCUUCCAGCAUGUUUUAUGAUGUUUCUUUCUGGUUUGUUAUCAUCUUAUUAGAGUAGAUAAAUUCUUCCACUUCUAACCCAUAUCUACUAAUAUGUUCACUAAAUUAUUCUGGUGGUGAUGUAAUAACACUGCUAAUGAAUGUGUCGAUAAAGUGUGUGAAAGAAAUAUUGUAUUCUGUAAUGCUGUAACAUGACAUGCUCAAAAUUACAGUUCUGUGAAAUAUUCUCAGGUAAAAAAGUAUGUACAAUUUACAGGCCUUUAUAUAACUAAUGAAACAGACUCCGUGAAAAAAUAAAGAUCUUAAAAAUAUCUGUUAUUUGAUCUGUAAAUUACCUUACAGUAGUAAAAUAAUUAAAUUACUAACUUGUAGAAAGGUAAUUUAUAUGUCUGCUUUUUCUUUCUUCUCUUUCUUCCUGCCAGUAUAACUAGAGGCUUUUUGCUAACUUUAACAGUAACAGUUUAUAUCUAGUACAUUGUACCUGUAAAACAAAACAAAGUGCAUCAAGAAAGUCUCUCCACAGGGGCACCUUGCUGGUGAGAGUGCUUGCCAAAGAAAUUAUGUUGGUAGCAUGACUUGCAGCAUGAAAACGUAAACUGUGGACUCACCACAAUCAUAAUAGAUGUUGGAAGUGUUGUCCCCUUCCCUUGCUUCCCAGAUUUGUAGUUGCUACUAAUAUAAAUGCAAGUAUUAAUAGGAAUCCCUGAUUCAGCUCACUACAGAGAGACUUUCCUUGUGAACUGUAGUUAUAAUAACGCAAACAGUAUAACUUAAUUGAUUAGGUGUACAAAAUCUGCAUAGCCUUUUCUAGAAUUUUUGUUACCGUUACUGGCUUAGAAUUGAUGUAAAUAAAUGUGAAGCGAGGCAGUGGCUCUGGCCAACUCAGUGGGGACGUUGGGCGUAUGUGUCAGAGGGGUUGGAUAGUCUGUACCUUUCAGCACUUGCUGCACUGCACCAUUUACAAACAAGCAUAGAAUUAUAAAAUAUAUUGGAGCUAUAUAGGUGUUGUGGUGCGUUAUUGUUGGCAUUUUUCAUGAAAUAAUUAUAAACGUUGUCAUUGUAACAAUAGU